CCCCUUCCAUCGAUCCUGCGGACUCUCCAGGAUUAGGAAAGGCCCGAGGGAGCGCCCCAAACCCUGCCCUUGCCCAGGAGGGGAGGGGAGCGACGAAGGAAGACCUGCCACCAGCAGCCGCGCAGGACGCAGUGCGCCCGAGGGAGGCUGAGGCUGCGGACAGGACCUCCUCGUUGGCUCCCGCCGGCAAGGGAAGGCAAGGCGCGUGCGCGCCGUCGGCGAAACCUUAACCCUUCGCGCUCUCUCCGUGCCGCUUCUGUUGAGCAGCUGAGCCAAGAGCAGCCGCUGCGUCGUCGUCGGCGAUGUCUCCCCUCGUGGCACGGACGCUCCUGGCCGCCGCGCUCGCUUUGGCACUGGCCGGCCUGGCCCCGGCCAGGGCGCAAGGAUCGACGCCAGCAGCCUCGCCGGCGGGGCCGCCCUUCGCUCGGGAUGUCCUGGCGCUGUUCGGCGGCAACCGGAGCCUCUCGGCCGCGCAGCUCGAGCAAAUGCUGCAGAAGAUGGGAGCCGCGCACAGGCUGGAGGAGUCGCUGGCCGGACAGCUGGACCUGCACGUCCUGCGCUACAACCAGUGCAUGUCUGCCGAAGACAUCUUUUCUCUGCAUGGAAUGUCAAACAGCAGCAAGAUCACAGAGUCCAGCUUCUCCACAAUAUGUCCUGCUGUUGUGCAGCAGCUGAUUUUUCACCCUUGUGAAAAAUCCAUGUCCAAAGGCAAUUCCAAACCAUCUCCUACAGAAGUCUGGGGCUUCGGUUUCCUUGCUGUGACUAUUAUCAACUUUGCCGCACUCCUUGGAUUGGUCUUAACUCCUCUUUUAAAGAAAGACUAUUUCCCCAAGAUUUUAACCUACUUUGUAGGUUUGGCCAUUGGAACCCUCUUUUCCAAUGCAAUUUUCCAGCUUAUUCCAGAGGCAUUUGGAUUCGACCCCAAAAUCGAUAACUACAUUGAAAAAGCGGUAGCUGUGUUUGGUGGAUUCUACAUCCUCUUCUUUGUGGAAAGAGUUCUUAAAAUGAUACUGAAGGCCUAUAGCCAGAACAGUCACAGCCACUUUGAACCUGAAGAAAUGAAACCUCCCCAAAGUCUCCCUCCUCCUCCUCCUCCUCCUGAAUUGUUCAAACCUGUUAAUGGAGCCAUGUGCUACGCAAAUCCAGCCAUAGCUGAGGCUAAUGGAACUCUGAGUUUUGAUAAUGACAUUGUGAUCUCUGGACAGAAUGAAGAAACCGAAAGCAACUUGUGUAAAUGUUUCAGGGGACCUGCACUGUCAGAGAUUGGCACAAUUGCCUGGAUGAUCACACUGAGUGAUGCUUUGCAUAACUUCAUUGAUGGGCUAGCUAUCGGUGCUUCUUUCACCCUUUCCCUACUUCAAGGAAUUAGCACAUCUAUAGCAAUCUUAUGUGAAGAGUUUCCUCAUGAACUGGGGGAUUUUGUCAUCCUUCUUAAUGCAGGAAUGAGCACUCGGCAGGCCUUGUUUUUCAAUUUCAUAUCAGCAUGCUCCUGCUAUGUUGGACUAGCUUUCGGUAUAGUAGUGGGCAACAACUUUGCUCCAAACAUUAUCUUUGCAAUCGCUGGAGGCAUGUUCCUAUACAUUUCCCUGGCAGAUAUGUUCCCAGAGAUGAAUGACAUGCUGAGAGAAAAAGUGACCGGAAGAAAAACAGAUCUAGUCUUCUUCCUGAUCCAAAAUGCUGGGUUGCUCACAGGGUUUGCUGCGAUUCUGCUGAUCACGGUGUACGCAGGAGAAAUUGAACUGGAAUGAUGCAAUGUUGGAGAUGUGAUAAUGAAGACACUUAGUAAAUUAAAAAUGGAAGAACUCUCGAACUCCAUAAAAGGGACUUUGGAAGUUAUAAAGGAUUUGAUCUGACAUCCCAUUUAAUUUGGAACGAAUACCUUUGGUUUUUGUGUCAGCAUGAUAAUAAUCACUUGUGCCGCAUAAAGACUUAAACAUGUGGGCACUCCAGUACCUGUGGGAUUUCCUCUGCCUUCAAGAAUUGUGCUGUUAACUUCAACCACAUACCUUCCUAUGCAUCACAAGGAGCUCUGGAUUGCCACCUUUGUAUUUUUAAUUGAGAAGUCACCUGUAAAGCCUGUACCAUUGUACUGUAUACAGAAAGUAUUGCAUACACCUGUAAGAAGCAUCCAGCAACAGGCACAUCUGCAAGAUGAUUCAGGCUAAAACAAAUACGACUUCUUCGUUUACAAGGAACUUUUUACGGAAGAUCCAUGGCCACAUUUCUAACUGUGAUACAAAUGGUUUCAAAAUAGCUUUAGACUUUUCCUCCUUUGGGGGCAGAUUUUUUUUUUUUUUUUAUUUUAAAUCAAACUUACUUUAGUACGUUUGCAUAAAUAAUGCAAAGAUUCCAAUUACCAAUUAACACUGGAUUAAUUAUACCACUUAGUGCUUUUGAUCGCUUUCUUUCAAGGGCACUGUGGGCUUUAUUAUGAGAAGCACAUUUUUUUAAUAAGUGAUGUUAAAAUUUCAACCGUUUAUUAUGUGCGUCAUGCUUAAAAGGCUCUGGCCUUCUAUAUAGAUAUAUAUAUAUUAAGAGAGAACAAAAAUUAACUAUUUUAACAUUA